ACAUUUUCAGUGUCCCUGUAAUUCAAAAGGCUUAUAAAUCAUACAGAAUGAGCUUUUUGAAAAUCUAAAAAUGCACAAAGUUUCCUGUAAAGGGUUGAGUUGGUGUAGGGUGAUAGAAAAUACAGUCUGUACAGUAUAAAAAUCAUUAUGCCUAUGGAGAGUCCCCAUAAACCAUAAAAACCAACAUGUGUGGGUGUAGGUAACAUUUUACAAGGUAAUAUUAGGUCCAUUUGUUAACUAAACUUAAUGCAUUAACUAACAAUGAGCAAUAGUAUUUAUUGUUUGUUAAUGUUAGUUAAUAAACAUAUAGCUGUUCAUUGUUAGACCAUACUAGCUCAGGUCCAUUAAAUAACAUUAAUAAAUACAGUGUUUUAUAUUAAUAAUAUAAAUCAACAUUAACUAAGAUUAAUAAAUUAUUUUAGAAGUUUUUUUCAUUGUUAGUUUAUGUGGUAACAGAGCUGUGAAUUUAGCCUAAAUUACGCUGUCUCUCAGUAGUGGUUAACUAGUUUGAGAGUAAAUAUUGGUUUGCAUUUACUGUUAAACAUAGUUCAAUUUUUUUUUUUUUUUUUUUUUUUGGAAAAUGUUAUUCUUGUAAUAAUUUGGGUAAUGUGAAUUUAAUAUGUUUUACUUUUAUGGUAUUUUUUAUGGAAUAUUAAUAUUCAGAAUUAUGAUUUUUAGUUUUCAUUUUAAUUUUUAGGUUUUAGUAAUUUUGUUAAUUAAUGCUUUUGGCAUUUGGGUUAAUUUUAUUUUUUUAUAUAUUUUAAUAAAUUUUUUUAAUUUCAGUUUUAGUUUUAAUAAUUUAAUAUUACAGUUUUCCUCGACUGCUAACACACAAUUCAUGAAACAAUUCACCAUUUUCUCACAACUAUAAACACCAAAAACCAAACAACUGAAUAUACAAUAAACGCAUUGGAAUCUCCUGUCAGUUUCUGUACAGCAAUAAAUAAAUACAACAUCCUCUGCCAAGUUGCAUUACAGUAUUGGUAAUAUCCUUAUUUGUUAUACUAUAACUUACUUUAUAACUUACUAUAAAGUACUUGGCUACAAAUCAAUUCAACAGUUACCAGUUUGAGGGUGUGUGCUACAGUGUUUACAGUACAAAGAAUAGUGAAAGUUCUCUCAUCUGAAGUACUGCUACUGUAUUUAUAAUGUUUCUUUGUUUCAAGAACUGUAUGAAUGGUUUGGAAAACUGUGCCAAAUGAAUCAUUUACAGUGUGUUGGCAAUCGAGAAAAACUGUAACUUACCAUGCUAAGUUACUUUUAUAUUAGAUAAAACCUUAUAUAACUUAUCUAAUAACAAUACCUUUAGAACACGGGAUUUGCGCCUUAAUUGCUUUUGUUACGUCCAUAAAUGUCCUUGUGGGAGUGCCUGUGGUUUCUCUCUCUCUCUCUCCUGCUUGCUCUUUCUUUGUUUCCUGUUGAUCUUUUAGGCCGCCUUCCUUGACUGCUGAUUGGCUCAUGAAGCUGUCAGUCAUCAUUAAGCGACAAGACGCCGACCUAUCAGCUGCCAGAAAACUUCCUGCUGGCAGAUAUAAGGACGCUGAAAGAAGUCAUUGUACUCGUUUUGAUUUUGCUUUGUUUGUUAUUGAUUUAUGCCAAGAUCCUUGUUUGACAGUAGUUAAACCCUACCAUCUUUUUGAUUCGCCACUUUUGUUUGAUUGUUACUUUGUAACUCGGAUGGCAUUGCUCUUUGAGCUUUGAUGAGCUGAUGCUCUGUGACGUUUACUCUUUACUCAAGAGGAAGGUGGAUAGGGAAGAUGUCGUACGACUUCCAUUGUGCAACAUUUAGGUAACUCUGUGUAUAGAAACCCUAGGUAAGAGGUGAACACCAUCCCCUGUAUGUUUUGUUUGUCAGUUGAGAGUAGGGAAGUAUACGGCGCUUGGCGCUGAAGAUUUUUCUUUUUAUUCCUUUAGUUAGGAUAGAGGUUUAAAUAAGGUAGAAUUGGUUUUGUUUGUUUCUUUCUUCUGGCGUCACUAGCGUACCCUUUCUCCUGGGUUGAUUUGUGUAGUUUUUUGUUUUGUUUUUUUCUUUUUUUUUCCCUGAAUUGUAAACUUGUACAUAUUUGUUCUCUCUUUAAAUGACUUAUACUUUUGUAAAUAUACUUUGUAUUUAUGGGUUCUUUUCACUUUGUAUAAUAAAUCACUUUCGUUGGCAGUUUAUGUCUUUGCUUUGUCUCUUGCCGCAUCCAUCAUUGUACAGACUUUCCACAAUCUCAAUGUUACUCCGUUUACCUCCUAGACGGUCUUAAAGGGUCGUAACACUUUACAAAAAAAAGUGAUGGGACCCAAGUCUGUACCCCAUCUGUGGAAACUACCACACAGCCUUCUGAAUCCUUAUUAGGCCAGUUUUAUAACUAAACUGACCUGAUUGACCCUUCCUUGUCAAAACAUGUGCGUCACAAUGUAAAUGACUUCCACAGAACUAAGAAGUGAACUUUGAAACGUGGAAAACAGUUCAUUGUGUGUUAAGCAGAUAUAUGUGACAAAGAUUGGCUCCUGGGAAGGAGGAUUGAGGAAUGGACUGAAACAUUUGAAGAAUGGCAGUGAGCACUGAGACACCACAUGUCAAUCCAGAGGGUGGUUCUCUGAUGGGACUCGUGCUUCUGGGUCGAAGACGCGCUGGUAAGAGCUCAUUGGGAGACCUCAUCCUCGGACGCAGCGAGUUUGAGCCCGGGAAGAAGACGACGAGGUGUGUGAAGAGAUUCGGCUGGGUGGACGGCGUGAGGCUUGCUGUAGUGGACACUCCAGGAUGGAGUCUCUUCGGUUUGGCUGAUGCCGGACUGGUGAAACAGGAGAUCCUGCGCAGUGUGAUGUUGGCCCCUCCUGGAUAUCUCAUAUUUCUCCUCGUUAUCCCAGUGGACUCUUUCAGCAAGUGGGACGGACGCGCUAUUGAGAAAUAUCUGGGUAUUCUUGGGGACAUGGUGUGGUCACACACUCUGGUGCUCUUCACGUGGGGUGACGAGUUAAGAGGCAGCACUAUUGAAAAGCACAUUCAAAAAAACGGUGAACCUUUGCAUGAGAUCCUGAGGAAGUGUGGCCACCGGUACCAUGUUGUGAACAACAAAUGUUCAGAAGACUUAAAUCAGGUCACUGAGCUGCUUAACAUUUUAAAGCAAGUGUGUGCCAGGACUGGUUGAACAUAGAAUGGACGUGUGUUUAGGCCUAUGUAAUGUAAUAUUUGUAUGUUUAUUUUUGAGCUUUUCAUUCUUUGUUUCCAUUUUAUAUAGAUAUGACUGAUGCUAAAAAGAUCUUUACAGUGACAUUUAGAGGAAUGUAAUGCUAUUUGUUAAAGUGCUUUUUUUUUUUUUUUUUUUUUAUCUUGUGCAGGCCCAUAUGUCUUUUUUAAGCUUGAAAUAACAGUUUCAAAAUCAUUCUAAUGGUUUAUUGACUUAUAAUAAAGUGAGUGCCUUGUUCUGGUUCUGGGAUAAGUGUUGGCUUACAUUAAAUUUAGUUGGGUUUGUGUGUCCUGAUUUCCCUGAAGUGAUUGUGUGGUGAAGCAAUUAUUUGUAAUUAGGAUUUGUAUUUGACUUCAAAUGAGCUCUGUUUUAUUUUAGUGAUAACUGUCACUCUGGCUGUGGUGUUUUCUUGUUGCAUUUGUAAACACGGUCGCACACUGGAUGAGUGUCGCGUAUAAGGCUUCAUUAGAGCCACAGAAAGACAAGCGUUUGCUGAAAAAUGCACAAAACAAUUUUUCAUAUGUGCAUCUCAAUAAAUUAGAAUGUCGUGGAAAAAUUCAUUUAUUUCAGUAAUUCAACUCAAAUUGUAAAACUCAUGUAUUAAAUAAAUUCAAUGCACACAGACUUAAGUAGUUUAAGUCUUUGGUUCUUUGAAUUGUGUUGAUUUUGGCUCACAUUUAACAAAAACCCACCAAUUCACUAUCUCAACAAAUUAGAAUACUUAAGACCAAUAAAAAAAAUUUUUUUUAGUGAAUUGUUGGCCUUCUGGAAAGUAUGUUCAUUUACUGUAUAUGCACUCAAUACUUGGUAGGGGCUCCUUUUGCUUUAAUUACUGCCUCAAUUCGGCGUGGCAUGGAGGUGAUCAGUUUGUGGCACUGCUGAGGUGGUAUGGAAGCCCAGGUUUCUUUGACAGUGGCCUUCAGCUCAUCUGCAUUUUUUGGUCUCUUGUUUCUCAUUUUCCUCUUGACAAUACCCCAUAGAUUCUCUACGGGGUUCAGGUCUGGUGAGUUUGCUGGCCAGUCAAGCACACCAACACCAUGGUCAUUUAACCAACUUUUGGUGCUUUUGGCAGUGUGGGCAGGUGCCAAAUCCUGCUGGACAAUGAAAUCAGCAUCUUUAAAAAGCUGGUCUGCAGAAGGAAGCAUGAAGUGCUCCAAAAUUUCUUGGUAAACGGGUGCAGUGACUUUGAUUUUCAAAAAACACA